AUGGGUGUUGCUUGGGUGUUUGAAACGGAGCUCAACAAAACCGCCGUCGAAAGGAUUCUUGAAUCGAAUGGCGCUGAUUAUGCUGGGACAUUUUCGGUCGAUUCGAUUCCUUAUGUACCAACAGAGAAGCAUCAAUUGGAAAUUGCUUGUAAUUACAUAUUGCAUCACUCGAAUUUCCCACAGACUACAUUUUCCAUUGCUGCCGCUGAUACCUACAAAAGAAGUCCUCGAGCAAUUUGCGAUCGAGGAUUCGAUUUAAUUUUAGGAAAAAUGAGGAAUGGUUGCUCGCCUGAUCAAUUGGGAAAGUUUGAGGUCAAAGGAAGUGAAUACACUUUGAAUGAUUUCACGAUACGAGUUGGUAAUGCAACACAAGUAUCGGCAUUCAAAGGGGUGAUAGUUGAAGUGGAGUACCGAGCAAGCUCAGUUGUUUCGCAAUGUCGUGAAUUGCUCGUGGAAUUCAUGCGGACGUUGUUUAUGAGCAGCUCUGAGCAACGACCGGAUGCCAUCGAACAAGGAAAUCCCGAGAAUUAUUCUCCAAUCGAUACAAUGUGGCAAUAUUUGACAAUAUUCCGAACACUACGUAAAAAGACAUAA